AAAUCGGAUUCAUUUCGUUCGAACUACACGUGUUAUUGUUUACUGUCGGUUGCGCGUGAAACUACUACCAUUCUUUGAUUCUGUGAGUGUUCCAAGAGUUGGACAUGGAUAUAGACGGCGAGGAAGGAACGCCACAAACGCAUACCGUCCAAGCGCGGUUUGUAUCGGAUGUUGGAGUCGAAGCGGGGCCACCACUGGACCUACCGGUCAAUGUGACCAAACAACAGCUAGAAUUGAUAUUGAAUGCGCUCCAGAAAAAUGAAGAACCAACGCCGUAUUUAUUCUUCAUUAACGAUGACGAAGUCCGAGAUUCAGUGCAAGAAACGCUCGGUUCUAAGCAGUUGGACGUUGAGAAUGUACUGGACAUUGUAUACCAACCACAAGCCGUUUUCCGUGUACGGCCGGUGACCCGCUGUACCAGUUCAAUGCCAGGGCAUGCCGAGGCAAUAGUAUCGCUCGCCUUCAGCCCCAACAGCUUGCAUUUAGCAAGUGGAUCUGGAGACACGACACUUAGAUUGUGGGAUUUGACCACGGAGACACCCCACUACACCUGUACAGGUCAUAAAAACUGGGUUCUUAGUGUAGCAUGGUCGCCCGAUUCAUUGAAGGUCGCUUCUGCGGACAAAGCCGGAGAAAUCCGCGUUUGGUGCCCUGAUUCCGGUAAAUUGCUCGGACGUCCACUGGUUGGUCACAAAAAGUGGAUAAGUUGCAUGAGUUGGGAGCCGUUUCAUAAGAAUACCGAAUGCCGGUAUUUGGCUAGCGCGGGAAAUGAUAACGAUGUGAGAAUCUGGGACGUCGUGUUGGGAACGUGCAUAAAGACCGUAGCUGGCCAUACCGCUCCGGUAACCGCAGUCCGUUGGGGUGGAUCGGGUUUACUAUACACGUCAUCACGCGAUCGCACUAUCAAGAUGUGGCGUGCCGAGGACGGAGUCCUGUGUAAAACAUUCACAGGACACGCCCACUGGGUCAAUAACCUAGCACUGAAUACGGACUAUGUUCUCCGUACCGGUCCGUUCCAUCCCGUUAUAGACAAAAGUAAAUCAUACUCUAUUUCAGACAAAAAAGAUAUGCAAAGCAUGGCACUAGAGCGCUUUGAAAAAGUUUGCCCAGAUGGCGUUGAAUCGUUCGUUUCAUGCUCCGAUGAUUUCACUCUGUAUCUAUGGAAGUCGAACCAGAAACAGUUCAUUACGCGAAUGACCGGUCAUCAGAAUGUCGUAAACGAUGUAAAGUAUUCGCCGGACGUGAAGCUAAUAGCUUCAGCGUCUUUCGAUAAAUCCGUUCGAUUGUGGCGUGCCGGUGAUGGAGCAUUCAUUUGCGCAUUCCGUGGACACGUGCAAGCUGUCUACAGUGUGGCAUGGUCAGCUGAUUCCCGGCUUAUCGUGAGCGGAAGCAAGGAUUCUACACUGAAAGUGUGGAGCGUGAAGGAAAGAAAACUGGCUCAAGAGCUGCCCGGUCAUGCCGAUGAAGUGUUUGGAGUCGACUGGGCACCGGACGGUUCUAGGGUCGCAUCUGGUGGCAAGGACAAAGUUUUGAAGCUGUGGACAUACUAAUGCUGACAUGGUAGCUUCAAACAUUAUUAUUUUCAGUUUAUGAGAGAAACCAUAAAUAUAUGCUUAAACACAAGUUGGUUGUCUAUUA